ACCUAUAUGUUCCUUUCCUAGUUUCCAUCCGCACACUGACGGGGCUGCGAUUCUUUGUUGAUUCACUCAUCCACUGUGUGCCUUGCGAUUGCGACAAUGGGCGCCAGCAGCGACCCGACUCAAGACGGGUCAGAUGAGCAGCAAAAGCGGUCGGAGAUCUAUACCUAUGAGGCUCCGUGGCACAUCUACGCCAUGAACUGGAGCGUCCGCCGUGACAAGAAGUACCGCCUUGCCAUCGCCUCCCUCCUCGAACAGUACCCUAACCGUGUCGAGAUAGUUCAGCUCGACGAUUCAAACGGUGAGAUCCGCUCUGACCCCAACCUCUCCUUCGAACACCCCUAUCCUCCAACCAAGGCCAUCUUCAUCCCCGAUAAGGACUGCCAACGCCCUGACCUCCUUGCCACCUCUUCCGACUUCCUCCGCGUCUGGCGCAUCGCGGACACGGAUGCGGAAUCCUCUCCACGCGUCGAACUAAAGUCCCUUCUUAAUGGAAACAAAAACAGCGAGUACUGUGGGCCCCUCACCUCCUUCGACUGGAACGAGGCUGAGCCGCGCCGCAUCGGCACCUCCAGCAUCGACACAACAUGCACCAUCUGGGACAUCGAGAAGGAAACCGUCGACACGCAGUUAAUAGCGCACGACAAAGAGGUUUACGACAUCGCGUGGGGAGGCGUUGGUGUGUUCGCUUCUGUCUCUGCCGAUGGCUCUGUUAGGGUUUUCGAUCUCCGGGACAAAGAGCACUCUACAAUAAUCUACGAGAGCUCUGAGCCGGACACUCCUCUGGUUCGGCUUGGGUGGAACAAGCAGGACCCGAGGUACAUGGCCACGAUUAUCAUGGACAGCGCCAAGGUGGUGGUGCUGGAUAUUCGUUUCCCCACACUGCCUGUGGUGGAACUGCAGCGGCACCAGGCCAGCGUCAAUGCCGUUGCAUGGGCCCCACAUAGCUCUUGUCAUAUAUGCACCGCAGGGGACGAUUCUCAGGCGCUGAUUUGGGAUUUGUCGUCCAUGGGUCAACCCGUGGAGGGUGGGCUUGACCCUAUUCUUGCCUACACUGCUGGUGCGGAGAUCGAGCAGCUUCAGUGGUCGUCUUCGCAGCCUGAUUGGGUGGCCAUUGCAUUCUCCACUAAACUUCAGAUUCUUAGGGUUUGAUUAUUAUUAUUCCUGUUUUAUCCUCUUCUUCUAUGUUCCUCCCUGUGCAAACCCGACCUGGGGAUAAUUUAGACUUGAAACCACAUUUCUAUCUCUGUUCCGUUUAUUGUUGAAACCGAUUUUAAGCUUGAUGAUGAUUCUUGAUGAUGAUUCGUAGCUUUUGAAUCGGAAGUAGUAGUUUUAUUUGGUGUUUAAUGCGUUAUUCAAAGCUUAGCUUAGUGUAUUUCUGUCAAGUUAGUCUGUGAAAAGAUCAAUUUUGGUGUCACCAUCAUUGUUUUAAGUUUUCUGCCGCUGCAUUUGUCCAUAAGUUUCUGAAAUUUAGUAGUUUCGAUGCAACUGGUGACAUUGCUGGAAACUGUAGACAAAUUUGGCUUAUGAGAGUUGAAAGCCUUGAUAUUAUUUGCCACAUCCUUGUUUACUAGGAAAUGGCCCGGUAUGUAAAUGUUUUGUUAGGUGAA